AUGGACGGCGACGACGACAACAACAACAACAUUAUUAACAACAACAACGAAAACCACAACAACAACGACGACAACGGCGACGACGACGACAACGGCGAUGACGACGACAAUGGCGACGACGACGACGACAACGGCGACGACGACGACGACAACGGCAACGACGACGACAAUGGCGACGACGACGACAACGGCGAUGACGACGACAAUGGCGACGACGACGACGACAACGGCGACGACGACGACAACGGCAACGACGACGACAAUGGCGACGACGACAACGGCGACGACGACGACACUGUACAUCUCAUCCACGAAGGCUGUAACAGAUCACAGGAGAGUGAGAGCAGCAGGUUACCAGGCCCAAUAAAGGCACCAGUCCCUCAAGAAGGCACAGUCAAAAGGUUCAUCCAGGAUUAUAAAGAGAAGUAUCUUGAAACCUCCCAAUUGAAACAGCUCAAGUCAAAGGUAAGAGGAAGUGCAUAA